CAGAUAGCCACGGUUUACAAUUCACAUUCUUAUCGUUUACAAGACGCUUUUAACAUAGGAGAAGAAACAAGCUUCUAUAUCAUAGCUAUCAUAGCUAUCAUUCUAUAUCACAUUUAUACUUUGCAGAUCUUUUUCAUAUUGAAAAGACAUAUUAAGAAGGAUUGUUCUGAUAUCACAUAACACUUGAUAUUGUAAAAUUCAUAUAAUAUCCUACCAAUUUUGAAUUGCGUUAGAUUUUUACAAUGAUGCAAAAUAAAGGUAUCGUUCAGAAAGCAUUAAGUAAUAUAGAACUUCAUGAAGAUUUGAAUGAGAUAAGAUCGAAGAUUGAAGACGAAUCUUUGUACUGCUUUUUGUACUAUUCUUUGACAAUGCAUACACUUUUUCGGAAUCUAGUAAAUGUAAUUUUAAAAGAAUAUAAGUAUAUUCUUUUGCCAAAAGAGUUCGGUACAUUACAUCAUCUUCAAGAGAUUACAUUAUCCACACCUUAUGACGUGAAUACUACUCAAUUUGCAUGGGAAUGGUUAGAGCAAGCUUCUAUGAGAAAUAACUUAAAAUCUUUGAAAAUAAUGCAUUAUGGCCUACCUGAAUUACCUUUACAAAUCACAUGUUUGAAAAAUCUACAGUUGUUAGACAUAAGUGACAACAAAAUUGAAUUCUUACCAAAGGAGUUAGGUACCUUGUCUCACCUUGUAUUUCUUAAUCUCUCUUCUAAUCAUCUUGGGAGAUCUCGUUGCAAUACAUGGGAAUGGCUAGAGCAAGCUGCGGUUAGAAAUAAAAUGACACAAUUACAUUUGUCAAACAAUCAGUUAACAGAAUUAUCACCACAAAUUGGAAAGCUGAAUGCUUUAACUAUUUUAAAGCUUGACACAAAUAAGUUAACAUGUUUACCACAAAGUUUGGCAUUUCUAAAAAAUUUAAAAGAGCUUGAUGUGUAUAAUAAUGAUUUGUUAUAUUUGCCAGGAAAUAUGGCACAUUUAUCGGUGUAUAUAGAUGUUGAUGAGAAUCCAUUUAAUUGGAAUGACAAUGAAGACUAUGAAGUGCCAAGUCUUUUCAAUUGUUCAGCUGAUGUUAUCGAGAAAUCUCGGAUGAAAUACAAGAACAAAUUACCAGGAUCAUUGAUCAGAUAUUUGGAUAAUGAAAAAUAUUGCAACUUCUGUGGAACUCCAUGUUUUCGUUAUUAUGAAAAGCGCUUCGUAAAUUUCACUCAGUAUUAUGAAAGACUGUAUGUUCAAUUCCGUGGAUCACCAAAUAUUAUGAAUGCAAGUUUUGAAUGUUAUGCUUGUUCAUCAGAGUGUGCUAACAUAUUAUUGUUUUAAGAAGACAUAAUUAAUUUAUUAG